AUGAAAGCGAACCGAGAGACCAAGAGCACGCUCCUCGCCUCGCUCGGGCACAGUCUGAGCCAGGCUACCUACCUUCGGCCUCGCCAGCGACUUCGAUCUGGCGUCCUCCAGGAGCUACGCGACCUUCCCGCGGCCGUCGCGCCCUUCCACGACGCCUCGACCUACUCUCGACUCGUCGCCUCCCUCGGCCCGUCCAGCUGGGGGACUGUCGCCAGCCCGCACCGGCAGUCGCUCCCGGCGGUCGACGCCGGUCGGCAAGGCGGCCUGUGGGAGGCGGGACGGUACCGCACGCCGGCAGAACGCGCAGAGCACGAGGGCAACCCGGAGAGCUGGGGCGUGCUCACGACGGCGCUCGGACGGGCGAGCGUGAGCAGCGAGGACGCGGGCGCCUCGCCUCGUCGGACGACUCGGCGCAAGAGCAGGUCGAGCUUGCGGGUCCAGUCGUCGAGCAGGGAGCGGGUCGAGCGCCCACGAGCGCGCACGCUCACCGAGUCGACGCUCCAGGAGGAGCCCGAGACGUACUCGGUCGCCGACAGCUCUUUCGAUCUCGGCGCCGGCUCGGACGAGGCGGCGGGGCAGCAGGGUCGGGACGGGGCGACGGCGGGCGAUGGCGACGCCAAGAGCCGAGCGAGUGCGCCGUCGUUGCAGGAGGAGAGCGGCGCGGACGAGGGAACGGAGGACGACGACGACGAGCACCCGCCUCUCCUCCAUCGAGCCGGUCCUGCCAGCUCUUCCGCCCGGUCGAUCCUCGGCCGCCACGUCUACCCGCCCUCGCCGCUCGUCAAGAACAUCCUCAAGUGUGUCCUCGCCUACUACAUCGGCGAGCUGUUCACCUUCGUCCCGAUCCUGUCGGACCUCGUCGGCGAACCUUGGGACGUCGACGGCCCGGUCCGCAACGCGCACGUCGUCGCGACAGUCGCUGUCUACUUCAUGCCGGCGCGCACCAUCGGCGGCAUGAUCGAGGCGGACCUGUUCCUGCUUGUCGGCGCGGCCUACGCGGCGUUCCUCACGUGCGGGUCGAUGGCGUCGGCCGUCCUCUUUGAUCAUUACGACCUCCUGGGAUACGGCCACGCCUUCAUCCUCGUCUGCUGGCUCGGCGGCGGGUACGCGGCGCUCGCGUACGUCAAGGUCGCGUUCGGCAAGCCGACGGUCGCGACGGCGUGUUCGCUCGUGUCGCUCGUCUGUUCGUCGAUCCUCACCAAAGAAGGCGCCAUCCACGUCGGCAAGUUCGACGGUCGGGCGAUCUCGCAGGUCCUCCUCCUCGCCGCGUUCGGGUCGGCCAUCUCGAACGCCAUCUGCUUCCUCGUCUGGCCCCAGAGCGCGACGAGCAAGCUCCAGGCCGACCUCAACAAUACCCUGUCGUCCUUCAGCACCCUCCUCGACAUGCUCACCAAGACGUUCCUCCUCGACACCGACUUUUCGACGAGCCCCGAGACCCUCAAGAAGGCCAUCGACGCGCACCAAGCCUCGUUCACGACGCUCAAGGCGUCCUUGUCGCAGGCCAAGUUCGAGGUGUUCGACUCGCGCAUGGCCGGCACGUCGACGUCGUACGACCAGGUCGUCGCGAGCAUGACUCGUCUCGCUCAGGGCCUGACGGGCAUGCGCGCAGGGUGCGCGCUCCAGUGGGAGCUGCUGCGGGCGAGAGACGAGGGCAGGCUGGACGGCAGCGAGGUGGGCGGCGAGGCCGUGAGCGACGACAAGCGGGCCGAGCUGCUCGACGAGAUGGUCGUUCUCGAGCGAUUCAGGGAACGAGUCGGGCCGUCUCUGCAGCAACUCUCGACCAUCAGCAAGCAGUCGCUCUCGUUCCUCCGCACCUCGUUCAUCCGCACCAAAGCCGGCUCGAACGCCCGAGCUGAGCUGCGCCGCGACGACCCCGAGACUGCCCUCUCGGCCGACGAGCUCUUGACGCUCCAGUCGGAGCUCGAACAGAGCCUCAACCUGUUCAAGCGCGAGCACUCGAAGGCGGUCAAGGUCCUGUACCGCAGCCUGCCCGAGAAGACGCUGUUCGGCGGCGAGGGCCUGCCGGACCCGUUCGCCAACCCGUCGUCGUCGGCGACGCAAGCCCCGAACGACAACCUCUUCCGCAUCUACCACUUCGCCUUCAACUACGAGGAGUGGGCCGGCGAGCUCCUUCACCUCCUCGACGUCUUCAUCCACAUCCGCGCGACCGAGGAGAUCGUCGAGCGCAAGCUCGUCGACCGUCGGCGUCGGUGGGGCCCAGUCGCCGGCCUCGCACGCUUUGCGGGGCUGCUCGUCGGGUCCAGGAGCGCGAGGGCGGCCGAGACGAGCCUGAACCAGAAGGCGGCCCUCCUUCGCAAGCAGUUUUCUCGAGCUCUACAGACGCCGGCUCGCAAGCGGCGGUCCGUCUUCCCGCAAAUCGUCGAUGGCGCCCUCUCGUCGCACCAGGUCGACGGCGCCAACCUGACGUUCGUCGCUCGCCUCAAGCUCAACUUCUGGCGCGUCGGCUGGCAGAUGCGGCAGCCGGCUGUCCGCUUCGCCGUCAAGACCGGCUUCGGCGCCGCCGUCCUGUGCUCGGCCGCCUUUAUCCCCCGUCUGCGCCCGCUCUGGCUCGAGUGGCGCGGCGAGUGGGCCCUCAUCUCGUUCAUCGUCGUCAUGGCCCCCGCACUCGGCGCGACAAACUUCCUCGCCGCCGGGCGCGUCGUCGGCACCGCCACGGGCGCACUCGUCGCGGUCGCGUGCACGUUGGCGUUCCCCGAGAAUGCCUACGUGCUGCCCGUCCUCGGCGCCGUCUUCUCGGCGCCGUGCUUCUACGUCGCCAUCACUCGACCGCAGUACGCGCCGGCCUCGCGCUUCGUCCUCCUCACGUUCAACCUCACGUGCCUGUACUGCUUCAACUUGCGCGAGGCCGACAUCCCGGUCGAGUCGAUCGCGCUCCAUCGUUUCGCUGCAGUCACUGUCGGCGUGCUCUGGGGCCUCCUCGUCAGCAGCUACGUCUGGCCGUUCGAGGCGCGUCGAGAGCUCCGCAGCGGGUUGUCCGAGUUUUUCCUCAACGCGUCCUACCUCUACGAGCGCAUCGUCAAGGCCUACUCGUUCGGCGACUCGCCCGUGUCGCGCCAGUCGACGAUCCAGGGCAUCUCGAACGAGCGCACGGCCCUCGUCCCGCCGCAGCCCGACGAGGACUUUGUCGCCAUGGAGAUCGAGCUGCAGCUCACGCUCAUCCGCGUGAGCGGGCUGCUCGCGUCGACCAAGCACGAGCCACGGCUCAAAGGCCCGUUCCCCGUCCACGAGUACCGGCCCGUCCUUGCGGCGUGCCAGGCCAUCCUCGACUCGCUCACGGCCAUCGUGCGCAUGACCAAGCGCGACGCAUGGCUCGCCGUCAUACGUCGCGACUAUGUCCUGCCUGUUAAUCGCGAGCGGCGCGAAAUGGUCGGCAACGUCGUCCUCUUCCUCUCUCUCCUGUCGUCCGCCGUCGUCCUCAAGACGCCGCUGCCCGCCUAUCUACCGCCGGCAGCAGAAGCGCGCCAGCGACUCGUCGCCCGCCUGCGCGACCUCGACAUCGUGCGACGCCGGCUCGUUCGGGGCGGCAGCGAGUCGCUCCUGUACUACGCCUACACGACCUCGAUGAAGGACGUGAUCUCCAGCUCAACGACAUCGGCGCAAGCUUCCAGCGUCUCUUCGGCAUCAUUGGCGGAUCCUCGGUCGCCGACUUCGAGGCCCUGUUCGACGCCUCGCCCGUCACGCCUUACGACUCGAGCGGCGACGACGAGCCGACGACCGACUCACGCAGCUCUGCGUGACUAUUUUCCCUCUCUCAUACUCCCUCGUACUCUCUCGCGCUCCUUGUACCCCAUCGCAACCCUUAAUCUCGCAAUUGCAACGCUAGACAGUCCUCCUCAGCUCGACCUCGUCCGGCUCUCCUUGGCCUUCUGCUCGCGCGAGGCCGACACGAUGUGGCGAGACU